GAAGCAGGCGGUUUUCGCCUCAGAGGACGUGGGCUCCCUGACUCCACCACCACGGGGCAUGACAUGUCUUUAAGACAAUUUAUUGCAAGCUGUGACACAUUGCUGUGGUCUUUCGGUGUCCCAAAGGGAUACAGCUAGAUCAGGAUUGGGCCGUGGUGUGAAUAACUUUAAAAAGCGCACCGUUUGAGAAACAUAUCUCGGAAUCGAUUGCAAUGAGAAAACGAUAAAGACUAUUCUGGUUUAGUUGGUCUUUUAUAGGCUAUUCAGACUGGGAUUAUUGACUCUGUAUGACACGCGCCUAUUAAUGAAGCCAGCACCGGGACAGUGGCUAGUCACUCUGGAAAGUGAAAGUAAAUAUUAUCUUCUGGAAUCUCCAUAAUUCGAGAGGCGACGUGGACAAGACGAGGCUAAUCGGCAACGCAAUAUUAAUAUCUGCACUCAAAGAAUAGAAAGGAGAAGUAUCGAAGAGGAAGACCUUCCAAGGGGACGAGAAUCCUCGUGAACCGUUUCAGACCUGCGGGAGGAAGGGGCCUAGACCGCUGCGAGCGCCUGAGUGCGCCGUGCCCCCCCGCCAGAGAGCAGCGGCGGCGACUCGAAGGCAGCUGCCGCGGACCGCCCGCGCCCCCGGAUCCGACUGAGGACCGCCCGCACCCCCCGCUACGACUGAGGCCCCGGGAAAAGGGAGCCAGAGAGCAGGAGACAGGCGCCUGGGAGACCGACCCUUUUGCGUGCCUGAGUGAGCUGUCAGCGGGCCUCCCUGGAACCAUGACCCGUGCAGUAGUUUGGCUUUCUUCACUGGUAUUGGGUUUAACCUGGUUACUACCGGCUGCAGUGAUGUCCACUCCACCAGGCAUCUGCAGGCCUAUGAACACCCUGAAGGAGAGCCUCAACUUCACUAACAGGAGGCAAUACAUGAAGCAUAAUUUCCCCAUCAACUACACCAUUAGGGUGCAUUACGAGGAGGUCUUCAGGGUGCACAACAUCAGCCGGCUGAACAGGACGCGGGAGCCGGACCCGCCGAAGCUCGAGGCGCGGGACCUGCAGGAGCUGUGGCUCCUGAUCAACCAGGAGGUGCUGAAAAAGGUCCUGAGAGUGCUCCCCGAGAGACACCCGUCCCGCAAGUACGUCUCAGACCUGGAGAAUCUGUUCAGGCAGAUCGAGCAGGUCUUCCGCACGGAGCUGGGCGAGUGGGAGACUCCUGAGAGGUUAAAGGACUUUGAGUCACUGGAAUCCGGCACACUGUUCAGAAGGGGGAAGCUGGUGAAGCCCAAAGCCCUGCUGGACAACUGCUACCGCACCAUGCACUGUGUGUUCUGCGACUGCUUCCAGUGCCAGGAGAACUUCUGUGAUGUUCUUCACUGGAAGAGAGGGAACAAGAGGCCACCCAAACAGGCCUGAAGAAGCUUCUCUCUCUCUCUUCAUGGGGAAGUCAGGCAGGACUGAUCCCGAGGUUUUGCCACGCCCAGCCAUCUUCAGGCAGGCAGGGGCAUGCUCUGUGCUGAACACUACACUUCAACACUCUGCUUCUGUUCGCCGUCAUGGAGACAGCCUCCAAAAAAAAGAAAAAAACACUGCAUGGGCCUCCCCCCCUCCCCCCCCCCCAACCCCUCGUCCGUCCACAUGUCCGUUCCAAACAAUGCCACGCCCACCAAGAAGGGGACUCCUGAUUGGUUUAGGACGCACGCUCACAGUGCUCCGUCCAUGCAGCUGAUUGGGUCUCUAAUGCAACACCUGGCUCUCCUGUAUGGCAGAGAGUCCUGGGUAGAACACACUCCGAUCCUGUGAGAUGUUGCUGCAGGCAGCAAAGGCUUUGUAGCUUCUGUGCUUCUAGUAUGUUUCAGUGCAGUAGGUCCAUAGUUCUUCAUGCUAACCGCCGUGGAGUGUGUACACAACUAUAAACCUGGCUAUGUCUGCGCUGCUGCAGCUCAACAGUUUCCUGAGGGCUUUUGUUCUGCUUUCACAGAACAGGCCUCACAGCCUCCCCACAGGCCUGCGAACCAGGCCGUGGACUCACGCUGAGAAAGCCACCAGCAAGCUAUAAAGGACAUUCCACCGCCCCAUUCACAGCUCAGCUCUUUCUACUUUAAGCUGGGUGUAUACUUGAUAUAAAGGCGAACUCAGCCGAAAAAUCAAACCACAGCAAACACGGCGCCGUAUAUACAAACAUGUGUAUACUCAUUGCGGCAUCAAAUCGUUUGUUUAGUGCCAAAGAGAGGGUGCAGGUUCAGACUUUGUGGUUGCACUUACCACGGGCUACACGGAAGAGCCUUUGACAAUGGCUGAGCUGAAGGAGCAGGAACUUCAGCAGAUGGAAGAUUUAGUAGUCGCUUUAGUUUAUUUAGUGCCGCAAAAAAAAUAAAAAAAGCAGAGAUGGUAUGUUCUUCCGGUCAUUCAAACGAGGAGACGGGAUGAAGAGCAUGCAGAAGUUAUGGCGAGGUUUUCCCACAAGGCAAUUCGGCCACCCAUAUUUAUAUUGUAGUCCAAGGUGAUCUCCACCUUGACGUCGGUGUGCGAACAGCUCACCUGAUUUUGCCAGGAAGGAUGUGCACACUGCGGUGGCCGAUGUCAAUGUGGAAUUUUGUUUUCUCUGCAAACUUGUAGUUUUCUGCAAUUUAGUUCAAACAAACUAGCCACAGUUGGUUUCCGCAGCAAGCAUACACCCAGCUUUAGGGUAGCGGAGAUGUUCUGACUGUGUUCCCAUGGCUGUGUCUGAGCAUUAGGUUGUGAUUGCCGUGUUCCUGAUUAGCUUUAAUGUCCUUUUAUACAGCAUUGUCAUGUCAGAAAGCUCAGUUCACAAGAUGCAGUCUGGUGUCAUUGGUUUUGUAUCAUGGGCAUGGAAUAAAUAUUUCAGGUUCCUCUCCUUUCAAGGCCCUGACGGGUCUUAGACAAACCGAUCUGCAUUAUUCAGUAUUGAAUAUCAGUGGUGUAAAGCUAUGGUGUGACAUUUUACAGAUAAGACAAGCUGAUGAUACCUGAUGUUUCAGAGCCCAUUGGCAGUCCGGAUUCUCCUUUGAUCCAAUACAGUUUUUGAUGUUUCGGGUAUAUCUGGGAGACCUUGCACUGUUUGGGGAGGCUCAUCAUCACUGCAUGUAGCCGAUUGGUACGUUACUGUUUUUAGAUCUUUUGUACUUUGUAACUCAGAUGUAAUUUAGUUGUAUUUACUUUAUACUUUCAUCUGUGUGAUAAGUAUGUAACAUUUGUAUUAUGUAACUGUACCAAUCUUAACUUUAUAUUUUAGGAUACAUUUGUCUUAACUUGGUAUUCUUCCUAAUCUUGUUCAAGGUUAAUUGCUUCAUGGCAUCUUGCACAGAAUCUCGGAUAGUUUGCCGUUUGUAGUUCCUUUCCUGUGUCUUGGUAUGCUAUGCUGUUACAGUGCUAAUACACUGUUAGACGGCUUCCAGUCCUGUCCUCCAAUUUAUUACAUGCAACAACAAAGGCAUAGCGCUUAAACUACACUGAAGGCCAACAUUUGGCACUCUGGCACUAUUACUUUCUCUAUUGUCUGUAGGCAGUGAGGUUUCCAAGUGUUCUAAUUGAGCUCGAUACACUAUAAAAUAUGACUUUCAAUUACAAAUAUUUAUAUAGGAUUUUUCCCAACUAAAUUCCAUUCUGGAAACAGCCGGGGUGAGCACAAUUAUGCCAUCCAUCCCCCGUUCUCAGUUUCAUCACCGGGUGGGAAGGUGGUCAUCCCUCCACUUUUUUGACAAAAAUGGCUGUUCUUUGUAGCUCCGGCUAAGCUAUUGAAUGUUGGUGAACUGUGUACUUUGUUUUUCUUCAGUGCUGUGUCCCUGUAAAUUUGCAUGCAGAUGUUUAGCCAACUUGCUGGCUUAGUUGGCUAAUUUCCGCAACCUGUAAUAUUGGCCGUGAGCAUUUUUUGAGUAACUUCAUUGACAACAAAGAUGAGCUUGAGAAUGCCCAAUAACCAAGUAUAAAAAUAUAUACACAUAUAUAUACAUAUAUAUAUAUAUAUAUAUAUAUAUAUAUAUAUAUAUAUAUAUAUAUAUAUAUAUAGAGAGAUCACGGCCAGAUCUAAGUAACAAAUGUAGUUUACUUUUUUAUGUGGAUAUUUUUGUGUAACUAUUUAUUUGGGAAUGUUGCCCAUGUGCAGAUUGUC